GGUUCGUCUGCAGCGAGCUUUGCAGUAGUUGGAUGAAUCAGUUGACGUUGACAGACCUUGGGAUAUGACAGUGCUUUUGUAGUACAGAGCUAACUUUAGCUGGACCGUUAGCUUGGUAACUGGGUUUUGGAAUUACGUUGUUUGAACGGGAAGCAAUCUGACCACGGGGCGUUUUAUUUUUUCUAGAAUUGCGUUUUUCAGUAACAUUUAUAUCUUUUUUUAAAUUACGCCGGUAGUGUUGUGGUUUUUCAAAUGAGCUAGUUUCACUUAAGAUACAUGACUAGCUAGCGCGUCAUCAACUUCUGAAUUUCCUAACUUGGUACUGUGCAGGCCACAACAACCUCACUUUUAAGCCGGGAAAGUAGCUACUGGGGAACCGAUAGCCAUUAUUUUAACCCGGGUAGGAGACAGACGUGCUCCGAUAACCUGACCGAAGGGAAAAGAAACUGCUAGCAUAACGAAGCUAGCCGGUUGGAAGCUGUAAUAUGAAAAAGGCACAGUCAGACCAAUUGGGUUUUGUUCCUCAGAAAGACAUCGUAUACAACAAACUUUUACCGUACGCGGAUAGGUUAGAUGGCGAAUCCAGUGAGAUUUUGAGCAGAAUAAAGGGCAACUUGGGCCGAGCUGUACAGCUUAGAGAAAUAUGGCCCGGUGUGCUAUUUUGGACAAGAAAACUUUCAACGUACAUGAGACUAUAUGGACGAAAGUUCAGCAAAGAAGACCAUGUGCUGUUCAUCAAGUUGCUCUAUGAGCUAGUGACCAUCAACAAACUGGAGAUCAGCAUGAUGCAAGGCCUCGCUCGCCUUCUUAUUAACCUUCUCAAAAAAAAAGAACUGCUGUCAAGGGAGGACCUUGAGCUGCCAUGGAGACCGCUGUAUGAGCUGCACGACAGGAUUUUGUUCUCAAAGACAGAACAUCUGGGUCUUAACUGGUUUCCUAAUUCUCCAUGCCAUCGUUCUGCUACUAAACUCAUAAUGCUAAAACUGGUUCAGAGGUGCUCAGUGGAAAGCGUGUUAAAAACACUUGUGAAAAACUGCAGGCCGUACUUCUCAGAGACCGCUACCCAGGAGAUGCUGGAUGAGUGGAGACCUCUCCUCUGUCCCUUCGAUGUCACCAUGCAGAGAGCAAUCAGCUACUUUGAGCUUUUCUUACCCACAACUCUGCCUCCUGAGCUGCAUCAUAAGGGCUUUAAGUUGUGGUUCAAUGAGCUGAUUAACUUAUGGGUGUCUGUGCAAAAUCUCCCAAGCUGGGAAGUUCACCUCGUCAAUCUCUUUGCUCGCCUCGCCAAUGACAACAUUGGCUACAUUGAUUGGGACCCUUACAUCCCCAAGAUUUUCACGAGAGUUUUGAGGAGUUUAAAUCUUCCGGUAGGGACCGGUCAGAUGAUGGUGCCACGAUACAUUACAAAUGCCUACGAUAUCAGCCAUGUGGUGCUUUGGGUUUCAUCUCUCCUGGGAGGACCCAGCAAACAGACUCAAGCUCAGCUCAGUGGCCUUUUCAACAGUAUCACAUCCUUCUUUCACCCAUCAAACCAUGGCCGUUGGUUGAUGAAGCUCAUGAAGCUGCUUCAGCGUCUUCCAGCCAGUGUGGUCCGGCGGCUUCACCGGGAGCGCUACAGAAAGCCCUCGUGGCUAACACCAAUACCAGACAGUCACAAGCUCACCGAGGAGGAUAUUACAAUGUUUGUGCAGAGUAUGAUGCAGCCAGUUUUGCUGGCCAUGUUCAGCAAAACAGGAAGUCUCGAUGCAGCCCAGGCCCUGCAAAACCUAGCUCUGAUGCGCCCUGAGUUAGUCAUUCCCCCUGUGCUUGAGAAAACAUAUCCUGCUCUGGAGACCUUGACAGAGCCCCACCAGCUGACAGCCACUCUGAGCUGCAUGAUUGGUGUAGCACGUAGCCUAGUGUCAGGUGGGCAGCGCUUUCCUGAGGGACCCACUCACAUGCUGCCCCUGCUCAUGAGAGCUCUACCGGGUGUGGACCCAAAUGAUUUCAGCAAGUGCAUGAUCACAUUCCAGUUCAUUGCUACAUUUGUGACUCUUGUGCCUUUGGUGGACUGUUCGUCUGCCUUUCACGAAAGAACUGAUUUGACUGAGGUGGAAAGAGAGAUGUGCUCUACCUCAGCUGAGUUUGAAGACUUUGUGCUUCAGUUCAUGGACAGAUGCUUUGCCCUGAUAGACAGCAGCACUCUGGAACAAACCAGAGAAGAAACCGAAACUGAGAAAAUGACUCAUUUGGAGAGUCUAGUGGAGCUUGGACUUUCCUCAACCUUUAGCACCAUCCUUACACAGUGCUCCUUGGACAUUUUCAAGGUCGCUUUGGAAAAGGUUUUUAAUUUUGCAACCACCAACAUCUUUGAGACGCGUGUAGCUGGCAGAAUGGUGGCUGACAUGUGUCGAGCUGCUGCCAAGUGUCACCCCGCAGAGUCGCUCAGUUUGUUUGUACCACACUGCUGCAAUGCCAUAAACCAGAUUGCUGUCAACGAGGAAGUGUUGAAUGAGGAAGAGCUUGAUAAGGAGUUUUUGUGGAAUCUCCAGCUGCUUUCUGAGGUAACCCGUGUGGAUGGUGACAAGCUCAUCCCCUAUCGCUCUGACCUGGUCCAAAUUUUGCAGCUGACCCUGCACCUCAAGUGUAAGCAGGGCUACAUACUGGCCUGUAACCUGCUGCACCACAUCCUUCGCUCCACCGCCCUCAUUUACCCCACAGAGUACUGUAGUGUUCCAGGAGGCUUCCACCAGCCAGUGUGUGACUACCUCCCCAUCAAGGAUUGGGGUCGGCCUGGAGAUUUGUGGAAUUUGGAUAUCCGGUGGCACGUCCCCAGCGUUGAAGAGAUAUCGUUGGCGUUUUACUUGCUGGACCUACUUCUCCAGCCUGAACUUCAGCGCCUGCAGAGAUUUUCCAAAGGAGAACAGGAGAUGAGCAGAGAUGAUGUCCUACAAAGCCUCACCAUUGUUCAGCACUGUCUUCUGGGUGCAGGAAGUCUGAUGCCACCACUGAAAGGAGAGCCCAUCCCUGACCUGGUUCACAGCAUGGUGAAUCUGAAUGAGACUACCCUUUACACAGGAAUGGAUUAUGAUGAGACCAGAGAGAACUACAGAGAUGCAAUUUGUAAAGUGAUGAGACAACUCCUGCAUUAUAUUCUGGAGCACUCUGAAGAUGACACAAAGUCUCUCUUCUCCAUCAUCAAGAUCAUCAGUGAUCUUUUGCACUUUAAAGGCUCUCACAAGCACGAGUUCGACUCGCGCUGGAAGAGCUUCAACCUUGUGAAGAAAUCUAUGGAAAACAGACUUCAUGGUAGAAAACAGCACAUCAGAGCUCUGCUCAUUGACAGAGUCAUGCUCCAGCAUGAGCUGAGGAAACUGACAGUGGAAGGAUGUCAGUAUAGGACCAUUCACCAGGAGCUGAUGAAAGACCUGCUCAGGCUUUCCACAAGCACUUACAGUCAGAUACGCAGCAGAGCUCAAAGUGUGUUGUUCACUGCACUGGGAACCUACAAUUUCUGCUGCAGGGACCUGAUCCCACAUGUCCUCGGGUUUCUUAACCCCGACAACAGCCGUGUCACUCAGCAGCAGUUCAAAGGUGCUUUGUACUGUCUGCUUGGGAAUCACAAUGGAGUGUGUCUGGCUAAUCUGCACGACUGGGAGUGCAUUGCUCUCACAUGGCCUGGCAUUGUACGUUCUGGCCUCAGCUCAGCCAUGUCUCUCGAGAAACCUUCCAUCGUGCGACUUUUUGACGACCUUGCAGACAAAAUCCAUCGGCAGUACGAGACCAUCGGCAUCGAUUUCUAUAUCCCAGAGGACUGUUGUGCUGUGGCAAAACUCCUUAUGACUACAGGAAGUCCUUUCCCCGAGGAACCUGUGCCCUCUGAGGAGGAAUCUGAAAACGGUCUGAAACGACAGCAGCUCAAAAACUCUGAGGCUGUUGAGAAAUACGAAGGCCUCAUUGGGGAUCUGAUGGAUUGUCUCAGCAACAGAAACUUGCCUUGGAAGUUUGAGCACAUUUCAAUUGGCUUUCUGUCAUUGUUGCUGCGAGAUGACCACCAGCUUCCACCUGCAGCUGUUACUUUCUUUGUGAAAAGUCUCAACCACGAUUCCCUCUACGUCCGCAAGGUGGCAAUAUCAGCUGUGGCUGGGAUCGUGAAACAAAUAAAAAGGCCACAUAAGAAAGUCCCUGUCAGCCCAACUGAGCUUUCAAAGAACAGUGAGACGAUGGCACUUAGUAGGAUUGUAGCUGGAGACCGUCCAGACAACCAGUGGCUCCAGUAUAACAGCAGCAACCUUCCACGCACAAGCCAAGAGUGGGAUCAUUGUGUCUUUGUGGAAAAGACUCACUGGGGUUACUACUGCUGGCCAAGAAAAAUGAUGAUCUAUGCUCCUGAAGCAGAGCAGCCCAAACAGAAUCUGAGUCGAACCGAAAUGACUGAGCGGGAGCUGAUCAUCUUCGACCAUUUCACUGACCCAGUGUUCAUCAACCAGUUCAUUGAGUUUCUCUCUCUUGAGGAUCGUAAGGGCAAAGAUAAGUUCAGCCCUCGCAGAUUCUGUUUGUUCAAGGGAUUGUUCCGGAAUUUUGGUGAUGCCUUUCUGCCCGUGUUGCAACCACACAUGGAACGGCUGGUGUCAGACUCGCAUGAGAGCAAGCAGCGUUGUGUCGCAGAGAUCAUCUCAGGACUGAUAAGAGGCUGCAAACACUGGAGCUUUUCUAAGGUUGAGAGCCUCUGGGAGCUGUUGUGUCCUUUGCUUCGUACUGCUUUGUCAAAUAUCACAAUAGAAACCUAUGCAGAUUGGGGUACCUGCAUCGCCACAGCCUGUGAAAGCAGAGACCCACGCAAGCUUCAUCAACUGUUCGAGAUGCUCAUGGAAUCUCCAGUCAAUGGAGAGGGAGGCUCUUUUGUAGAUGCCUGUCGUCUGUACGUGCUGCAAGGAGGUCUAGCCCAGCAGGAGUGGCGUGUACCUGAGCUUUUGCACCGAUUGCUUCAAUAUCUGGAGCCCAAACUUACCCAAGUGUACAAGAAUGUACGGGAACGUAUCGGAAGCGUGCUCACAUACAUCUUCAUGAUUGAUGUCAACUUGCCUUACACUCAGCCAACCACCUCCCCACGCAUCUCAGACUUCACAGAGCGAAUUCUGUUGAAGCUCAAACCCCUAACAGAAGGUGAUGAGGAAAUCCAGAACCAUGUGAUUGAGGAGAAUGAGGUGGGGGAGCAGGAUGAAAGAACACAAGCAAUAAAGUUACUAAAAACAGUGCUCAAGUGGCUGAUUGCAAGUGCUGGUCGCUCUUUCACCACUGCCGUUCCAGAACAACUGCAGCUGCUUCCGCUCCUCUUUAAGAUUGCUCCAGUUGAAAAUGAUGACAGUUAUGAUGAACUGAAGAGAGAUGCAAAGACCUGUCUGUCUCUAAUGUCUCAGGGACUCCUCUACCCUGAUCAAAUCCCCAUGGUCCUUGAUGCGCUAAAAGAGAUUGCUGGAAGCAGCUCUUGGCAUGCCCGCUACACGGUGCUCACAUACCUCCAGAUCAUGGUUUUUUACAACCUGUUCACAUUCAUGAGUGACCAGAAAGCAGUGAAAGACGUGCGGGGCCUGGUGAUCAAACUCCUGGAGGACGAGCAGCUUGAGGUACGAGAAAUGGCCGCCACCACUCUCAGUGGCUUCCUACAGUGCAACUUCCUGUCCAUGGAUGCUCCCAUGCAGGCGCAUUUUGAGGCUCUCUGCAAGACACGUUUGCCGAAGAAGAGAAAAAGGGAUCUUGGGUCUGUUGUGGACACCAUUCCCUCGGCUGACCUUGUGCGCCGCCAUGCGGGUGUGCUUGGGUUGAGUGCUUGUAUUCUCUCCAGCCCAUAUGACGUUCCCACCUGGAUGCCCCAGCUCCUGAUGGACCUGAGUGCUCACCUUAACGACACCCAACCGAUUGAAAUGACUGUGAAGAAAACUCUUUCAAAUUUCCGACGGACUCAUCAUGACAACUGGCAGCAACACAAGCAGCAGUUCACAGAUGAUCAGUUGUUGGUCCUCACCGACCUGCUGGUCUCCCCCUGUUACUAUGCCUGAAACCUGUACGACCCAGACUACCCAAACACCAGCUUGGACUGGAGAGACGUCCCUCUUUCCUGAAUGAUUUAAGAACACAGCAUUCUCGCACAGCUGAGAAGACCAGUGACAAAACAUGGAAACUGCAUUGCAGCUCUCAGAAGGAUUACAAUGUUGUGUAUUUAUGUAUUUAGCACCUUUACAUUUCUUCUAUACUUAAUAUUUAAGGAUCUAUCGUGACAGGGAGGAAUGACCUGCAGUUUGUAACAUUACUGUACAGAUAUUCUUUUCCUUUCUGGCGUGUGUAUCCUGCAUGUAGACGUGUGUGUGUGUUUAUGGGAUGCUUGAAGACAUCUGCUAGUAUGACAUACAUUUCUCAGGAUUAUUUCCCAACUAUCCACUCUGAGCCAACACAAUGUCCAGUGCGGGACACAGUCUUUACUAUCUUCAGGCCGUGAUGUGUUUGCUGCAAGCCGCAGAGAUUUAACUAUGAAAAAGGGGUCUCUUGAAUUCGCAACACACAAUGUUUGUGUGGUUGCUCAAUCUAUAUAUGAGUAUAUGCAUCAUGUAUGUAUAUAUCAUGGUAUAGAAAAUAUGCACAAACUUGUUUAUUUAUUUAAAUUUUUUUUUUUGAAAUGCUGAGUUUAAUUUUUUUUUUUUUCCAUGGUCUUCAUCUGAAAGUAUCUAGAUAGCUGAGCUGUUUGCCUGUUUUCCUUUUAAGGGAGAGAGCGAGCUCCCCACUGCUGUUCUGUGUGACGCGUUUACUGUGAGGACCCGACUGUCGUGAGAUCACCGUCAUGAGAAAAAAAGCCAAAUUUGCCUGUCCAUAGAAUGGACCCUUUUCCCUCGGAUACAUUUGACAUUUUCUGAAAAUCUGCUGAAAUGACAUUAAGUUACUUUGGUUUGUGUCUGAUUUUUUUUUUUUCCCUCUGACUUGAAACCAGUCAAAACAUUAAAGCAUUUAGUACCUCACAAAUAGCGUAGUGCCAAAGCUGCAGUGAUUUUUCUUUCUUUUUUUAGACUUUCUGGGACAAUAAUAAACUGUUUGUAACAAAAA